GGUUCACAUGAUAUGAUUGACUUAAUAAAUAUAAGGGGCUCUUCUGAAAUUUAUUGCGAAAUUUCGCAUGGAUGUUUUUUCCUUUGGAGAGUACUACAAACUCAGGUGUUUGGUUCCCAAUAGUCACCAAUAUCAAUGUUGUGGAUGCCAAAUCUUCUGGUGCAGGAUGAUGGUGCCAUUACCAAUGAUCAUGGCCACAUGUGAAUCAUGUAAUCAUAAGAGGCGAUUGGCUAGACGGAUUUUCAGAGAACUUUGUGUGGGUGUUGUGGUAUUGUGGACUGCUACAAAUUAAUAUAUUUUUAAUUUCCUGCAAUUGGUACUACCAUAGAGACUGAAACGCAAAGUCGUGAGGUGAGGCAAUGGGGAAGCUAUAACCCAUGAACUUCUGCAUAUGUGUAAUGGCAUCAUCAACCAUGUAGGUAAUGCCCAACUGUAUGCAUGGAAGGAAAGAGGGUUGAAGUUGGAACGAAGGAGAUUUGUUCAGAUAACAUCAAAAAGGCUCAUCAUAACAAGCCUUCUUCAAAACAAAAUCAAAAGAAGAAAGCAGUGGCAGAAAAUCAGAGUAAUUUAAAUGCUGGUGAUUUAGCUAGGAAUACUAAACUCCAGAAACCAAAGGGGGUUGGAGUAGUGUCUGUGCCAAAGCAAGGGUUGAAAGGACCUUCAGCAGCUUUAUUAACUAAAAAGAAUAAGGGUAAACCAGAGAAUAAUCAAUGUGUAAAUAAAGAAGACAGUAAUAAAGAUGAAACUAAGAAGCAAAGUGGAAAGAAGAAUAAGAAGUCUGCAGAUGUAACACAGAAGCAAUAUCCUGCUUUAUGUGCAAGGGGAGCUGAAGAUACUGAGCAGCGAUCAAAAAACCCAACAAAGAAAGCUGAUACAAAGAAGGGGUUAUUGGUUCAGAAAAGUGUGUCCAAGGGACCAUUGGACCAAAAAGUUGUGUCUCCAAGUAAUUCUGGUCAAAUAGAAGGAAAGCAGAAGUUAUCGAAUGAAGAGAUUUCAAAGACUGGCUCAGAAAUAAGCAAAUCAAAAAAGCGAAGAAUUAGAAAAAAGAGGUUGCUGAAGUCUUUUGGUUUUAACAUUGUUAACUCUGUAGAGUCAACAAAAGACAAAUGUGCAACCAAGAAAAGGAAGAAGAAAAAGAAGUCACAAUAUGCUCCAGACAAUUGUAUUAUCACAGAAGAAUCCCUGCACAAGGACUGUACAGCUCUGAAAUCAGUGAAUAAGGAAGUUGUUGGUCUCAUAACGAACAUAAGUAAGGAUACUAAUUGUAGUAUAGUAGGGAAGGGAGAUGCUGUAAAAAACUCUGAAGAUGUUGUUAAUUUUACCAAAAUAUUAAAGGACACUGAUCCUAAGAAGUCAGCAGACCAGGUCAUUAGUGUGAAAGAAACACAGUCUGAGAAGACAGUAAUUGCAGAUAUCUUAUCAGAGGUGAAGGAAGGAAAUAUUACAUUGGACAGCAGUGCUAGUGUUAAGGUUUCCUCCAACUGUGAAGAGGAUUUGCCAUUCCCUGACAGUAAGGUUCACUUAGAUGAUAUCUCACUUCCAUUCCUCAGCAAGACAGAGGUACCGUCUCCUUCAGGGAGAGCUGACCUUGUCAAUUUUCUCUCCCAUGACAAUGUUGAGGGACUUUUUCGUAGUGCUCUGCUUAAUGAUAUAACAUUAUCAUCUCGCUGCUCAGAAAAAGAAGUGAAAAACUUCUUCAAUACAUAUGGUACAUUCUCUGAGAGAGGAAGAACUCAAUUUGCAGCUGUUGAGAAACUUCUGCACUCGAAUAGUAAGGGUAGUGAGGACAUAGUUACAUCACAGUACUUUGAACCAGAACUUGAUAAAGGGAUUUAUCCUACCCUAGCUCCUCAGAAUUUAACUGAAACUGUGAAAAAAGAGCCAAGCCAAGAUUCAAGUACUUCAACUCUUACUUUGGUGAAAUCUCCAAAUUAUGAUUAUUUUUUGUCAAGACACAUGCAAGAUAAUGAUGAUGCUGUUGAAUCAGUAUCUGUGUCCAAAAAAAAUAAUCAAGUAGUUAAGGGAUUGAACCAUACAGAUUCUGUAGGGAAUAGUUUGGUGUUCAAAGGAGGUUUGUGUAGAGGGCCAAUUUAUACAAGUCCUAAUCUUGAGAACAGAGUAACCAGUAGUGCCAACAGUAAUCAGAUCCCAAACAGUGCAAACAGGGUUUUUGUGCCAGAUGCUUAUGUAUCUUGUGAUUUAAACCAAGAAGAAAAGUUUGGUUACUAUGAAGUCUCCAAUUUACAAAAACUUGAUUCAGAACUGGUAGAUGGUUUGUCAGGAAAACAACAUAUCCUUCCAGGAGAUAGGACACAGAAUACUGAAGUUUGUAGUGUGUCAGAACACAGUACAUGCAUUGUUAGUCCAAGGCUGGAGGACUCCCAUAAAGAACAAGCACUUGAUCAUGCAGAAGCUGCAGAAGUAAAUACUGUAGAGUGUCAAGAUGAAUUUGUUUGUAAAAAUGACAUGGUAACUGAAUGUAGAGGAACAGAAGGGAAUUUUAUUACUGAAUCUCAUCCCUCAGUAAAUGCUGAAUGUUCAAAGGAGGGGAAACCUGUUUGCACUAGACUGAAUAAAAAUAUUUGUUGUACCGCUCAGGAAAAGGUGGACAGUGAAAAACUGCCAGAGAAAAUCCAAGAAAAUUCUGGUGCAGAAAAGUUUCGGUGGAUUGGUUUCGUCACAGAAUAUAGUGACGAUAAUCAGGAAACUGGCUUUGAGGCUAACAGAACUGUAGAAAGUGUAAUUUCUUUAAAAGAGGUCAGAGGUCACAAACCAGAUUGUGUCUCUCACAUUAGUCAUGCUGAAGUAAGUUAUUCAGAUAAUAGAUGUAAUACAGUGAAUGAAUCUGUAUUUCGUGACUUUCAUACUGAUUCUGGUAGUAAAGAACAGGAAAGUUUACCAAACUAUAGCAGUGUUUCAGAAGUUUUAGAUUCUGAAAUUGUUAAAUCCAGUACAAUUUUAUCACAAGAUAAAGUUAUUAUGGAUCCUUCACGAACAAAACCCAUGGAAAGUUCUGACAUCUGCAGGCCAGAAAAGAGUAGGGAAGAAAUACUGGCUGCACGUCAGGCAAAAAGAGCAGAUAAAUUGGGUAGGAAUAAAAUUUCAGUUAUUCCUCUAUCGUCUGAAAAUGUUCCAGUUCCCAAAGCGCAGACAUCAACUGGUUCUAGCAAAAGCAGGCAGCAGCAGAAGUCAGUCACUGAUUCAGCCAAACGUGUGACUAAAUGUACAGCAGACGGUGGUUCAGUUUCUAAGAAAACUAUCCAGUUCUCAGAUGUGAAGGAGCCUCAUAGUCCUGUGAAAGACACUAGCCACCAAACGUCAGAGGUUGAAAACAACUUGCCUAUAAAGAGAAUAGAGCCGAAUAAAAAGAAAGAUGGAUAUUCGGAAAUAGAGAACAGUGUUCCUACUCGUAAUAUCAAGGGAGAUGAAGCAGAUGGAGAAACUGAAAAAUUUAGAGGAAAAGUGAAAGAGAUCAGUCAUGGGCCAGAGUUCUUAACAGUAUUACCAGCCUCAAAGAGCAAGGCAGAACUUCGAGCAGAAAGGAGAGCAAAACAGGAACAGCAGCGGGCUCGUAAAGCAGUCCAGCAACAAGCUGAGGUUCAUCCUACAAAAUCAACAGCCAUAAUAACAGCUGUGAAUUCUAAAGAGAAACAACCUAGGAAGGAUACAGGGGAUGAUCUUAACAAGAAGGCUGUGAAGAUUGAACGGCUUACCAAAGUGAAGACAUCAGAACACAAAGUAAAGUUGUUUAAUCACCUUUAUCAUGAGAGAGGACCCUUGGCUAUCACAGAAAAUUUGAUGCUGUAUGGUCCUGCUCUACACCCAGCAAUAGUGAAGCUUGGAAUGCAGUAUGCUGACCGUGUAGUUGUGGGAUCAAACUCUCGAUGCAUUGCCCUGCUUGAUGCCUUGAAGCAGGUUAUAAGAGACUAUGAGACACCUCCUCAGAAAGAAUUCUCAAGAGGAUUAGAGACAGAGUUACAGCCAUCAGUUGCGUUUCUGGAUGGUUGCCGGCCAAUUUCAGUUUCAAUGACCAAUGCUUUGCGACAUCUCACAUGGCAGCUGACACAGCUAUCUAACAAUGUUUCUGACUCUGAGGCAAAGAAGAAACUUCUAGAAGCCAUUGACACAUACAUUCGAGAACAAAUUGAAGUGGCUGCUCAAGCAAUCUGCAUCAUGGUACAGCGGAAGAUUGCAAAUGGAGAUGUUAUUCUAACUUAUGGGUGCUCUUCACUCCUCCAGCGAAUUCUCCUGGAAGCACAUCGUAAUGGGACAAAGUUCAGGGUGAUUAUAGUUGAUGGUCGUCCAUGGAGAGAGGGCCGGGAGAUGCUUCGUCGUCUGGUGGAGUGUGGACUUCAUUGUUCAUAUGUACUUGUCUCAGCUGCAAGUUUCAUCAUGAGAGAGGUAACAAAGGUGUUCCUAGGAGCUCAUGCACUUCUGGCAAAUGGCUAUGUAAUGUCUCGAGCAGGUUCAUCACAGGUGGCAUUGCUGGCUCAUUCACACAAUGUUCCUGUCCUAGUGUGCUGUGAGACACACAAGUUCUGUGAGAGAGUGCAAACUGAUUCAUUUGUGUACAAUGAACUUGGUAAUCCUGAUGACCUCAUUCCAACAGAUGCUUCCUCCAAGGAAUGCCCAUUGUCACAGUGGAGGAGUGUAGGCAGCUUGACCCCUCUGAACCUCACAUAUGAUGUUACACCACCCGACCUUGUUACUGCUGUAGUCACAGAGUUGGCAAUCCUUCCAUGCACUAGUGUGCCCGUCAUCCUCCGAAUCAAGCCUACGGAGAUAGGCUGCUAGUUUCUUUUAUUUAUUACUUGUUCACAUUGACUGAAAUCCUGGAAUGUCCUAACCUUUCAAUACAACUAUUGAGUAUUGUUUGAAUAUUAUAAUAGAUUUUUAAAGAAUAACUAAUAACUUUGUUGAUUUGUCAAUUUUCUCUGACUGUAUUAUAUGCUGUGCAUAGCUAACACUGUGGAAGAUGUAGUGGAAAAAAUUAACCUUUGUAAGUAUCAUAACUAAGUUUAUUUAGUCUUCCCUAAAUUUCUUGGAUUGUUUCAUGUUAUAGAGGUCAGUUCACAUUCUUUGCAGCAGUCUUUAGUAAAGAUAAAAUUUAAGUUGGACAUUAACGCUAAUUGAGGGUGUUUUGUGGACAAAUAACUUUUUUUAUAUAAAUGCUAAGUGCAAUGGAUGAGCUGUAAUAAGUAAUUCAACAAAUGAUUCUUCAGAUGGUAAGUUUUAUUUUGAUGAGCUUCUUGAUCCAAGAAGAUAAUCAAAAGAUUAUAUGGGAUGUGAGCAUAGCUUUCUGUAGUCAUAAUUUAUUGAUGUAUUUUCCAGUAUAUACUGCUCAAAUUUGUAUUAAGUGUUCAGAUAUAAUACAUAUAAUUACUUUAGGUUAUUCUUAAAUUGAGAUCUUCUUAGUUGCAUCACCAUGUACUUUAGUAGGUGGUUACCAUCAUUUCUGAGAAACCUGCUGACUCCAUCUUAAGGGAAGAAGUGAGUGGAUGUGGGAAAAGAUGCACUUAUAUAGGAAUGGUGGAAGGAUCAGUCUGAGGAGAGCAAAGAAAAUGGCCGGUCAGAGCCCAGGACAGAAAGCCCUUUCCAGGCUUGUAGGAAGUGGGAAACAGGAAAGGACAGGUAAACUGGAUAUAUGUGCCUUGUCCUUCAAGAGUACCUUAGUACCUUUCAUUCCUUCAAGAUGCUGAGAAGCUUCUAUGAUUUGCUCAGGGCAUCUUCCAACUUCUUCUUGUUGGGAUGCAGCUUCAUCUGUGUAGCUUCUUUGAUCAUAUCAUCCAGUCUUAUCCGUAUUCUCUGAUCAGGACCAUUGGUGCCAUAAGAGAUGGGUACAAUGAUGAAGGUUGCUUUGUUUUGCUGCAGCUAACUUUUCUGAAUGAUAUGUACAUCCUUGUCCUUAGGUAUUGUUGUGUGGAGUUCAUUGUGCAACUUUGGCUUUUAGAAAUGAGCUGCAGUGAAUGUUGAAAAGUAUCCGUUUCGGCACACAUUGUAGGGUGAAUAUGGAAUGGUUGGGCAUUUUCGCAGCCCUCUAUAUGGCAAGAAAUAGAUGGAGCUGACUUGUAAAGUGGAAGAGUGGGCUGGGUCUGGCAAAAGACAGAAAUUAUGCUGAACUGGAUUUGUCUGUGUGGUUUAAUAUUUUUAGGUAUAAGAAGAACAUGAUGCAUGUACCGUGCUGUCAGGGAAGUAACAGAGAUUUUGCUCCAUACCAACAACAUGAAGUGGUUUCUCAUUGAAGCCUCUCACAAACAAUUAUAGUUUUAACAGGAAGGGCAGCUACACUGAGUAUGAAUGGUUGUUGCUGUUAACAUUUAACUCAUUCACUGCCAGUGACAACCACCACAGUGGUCUAGCGGUUAGAACGCUGGGCUUGUAAUACUGGGGUCCCGGGUUCGAUUCCUGGCGGUGCUCAGAUUUACAACUUGUGUUGGGCAAGGCCGUGGUCCAGGCAUCACGGAGUUUUCCUCCGCGGUUUCUCUGUGGCAUCACAACAAUUACUGCACUUUCAUCAUCAUUUUGUGAAAAGGUGGUCACAGCAGGAGUUUUAAAUGUCGUGGUCCCGAUCGAACCCAUGUACUGAUGAGUCGUGAAUCCUGCUAACCACCAAUGCACACCAUGCUGAAUGGUGUGUACUGUAUACGAAAAAGAAACUGCCAGUGACAACUGUUGCUCUUUUAGCACCAAUGACAUUGCAACAUCCUAGCUCAGUCAUCAAAGUAGUUGGUCUUUUUUCCCCAGCACAUCUGAUCGCUACAGAACCGUUGCAGGACAUUCAGUUAUUAAAACACAUGUUGAUUUUCAGCAUACAUACAUUAGGGCCAUGUUUUUUUUACAAUAAAACAAUGAUCAUGUCCGUUUUGCCAGGACUGCUUGGCUCACAGUUUGAACUGACAUUAAAAUUCCCAGCAGUGAAUGUGUUGGAAGAGUCAUACUAACUAACCAUGGAAGGAGUUGUAAUGCCUAUUAAUUGUUGAUAUUAACAUUUGAAGAAAGUUGAGCCUGAUUUGUUGCAUUUUGGAGUAUAUACAGGGAGAUGCAUCAAUAAAUAUUUUAGGCUAAUUAUAAAUACUUUUCAACAGCUGAUGGUUGGCUGUAAUACUCUUCAUAAGCAUUAACUUGUGACUGUGUACUUAGUAAUGCUUACAGCAGAGUUAAAAUGUGGCUGGAGUGAACCAUGAAUUAGUCCUAUAAGAAUAUUUAGUUUUUCAAAUGUCCUUUAUUGGUGAAAGAUCAUUAUAUAUUCACUCUGGUUACAGCAUUUUUAACAACAGUGCAUCACAGUUGGUACUGGAACUUACUUGUCUACCUCAUAGUGGGAUAAGUGGAAUCCUGAUGCUGUUAGAGGUGUUGCCUGUUUAUUUCUCUUAAUAUUACUGUUCCAUAGGCCAGCAAUGAUACUGUCACCCUGACAACACAUUUAUGAUCAGUCUUAGGAUGGAUUGUGUGUGAUGUCAGUGCUAAUAUGCUAAAGAUGAGUGGCAUCAGAAAUAUGAAGAGAAUUGAUCAGACAGCUUUAUCCCGAGUGUUUUAUGUUCAUAAAGUUGAACUUAUUCUUACAAUGUUUGGUUUCUUAUUAGGUAGAAGUUUCUGUCAUAUUUCAUUUUUAAAAUUAAUGUAAAAUUUCUGCAUCAUUACAUCGGUUUUUGACGAAAUAGUAUUUAACUAUAUCAGAGUAUGUUUUCAAAAUUUCCUUUUCUUUGACGUUGAUUUCUUUACCGUUAAAGUAAAGCCAGGUUCAACAUAUUAACCUUACAGUUGUCAGUCUUGAAUAUAUCAGAGUGCUUGGUCACAUAAUUUGUAUUUAUAAAAGCCAGGAUAAGUCGGUCAUUAUAGUCGCUAGGCUAUGGGCUGAAUGAUGAGUAGUUGAUUCCCAGCAGAGAGAGGGAGUCACUAUCUCCAUUUAGUGCCAAGGUUAAAAAAUAUGUGGUGCUAUACCACCACCUCCUCAUACAUUUACAUUGUGUAAACUUAAUUAAGCAUGGGUGUAGAUUAUUCAGCAAGAGAAUGCUUUACCUGUAUCAUAAAUAUUUAUUGUAGCAUACUUGUAAUAUUUAAGGGAUAGUUCUCUUUUUACGAAUUGUUUAAACAUCAAAAUUAUGUAGGAUUUGAGGUUUUCAAAGCGGUGUGUAUGAAGAUUGCUGUCCUCUGGGUUGUUGCGCCGUGUAAUAUGGUAGAUGUCCACCAUCAUUUCUGAGGUCAUACUGCCUCUGUUAUGAGGGCAAUGAUUAUGGUUUACAAUUUAAGAUUAUGUACUACCCUGCAUUUUCAGUGUCACAUCCAAAUUAGAAUUAUAGCUGAAUGCCAGUCAUUCAUUUUUUCUUCAUUUAAAGUUUAUGAUAUUUUUUCACUUUUGUCAUUCAGAAUAAAUCUUGUUUCCAUUAUGGUA